ACCGCGCCGCACCGCGCCGCACCGCGCCGCGCCGGGACGAUAACACAGAGAAACUUCUUCUCUCCGGUUGCAUCCGGCGCAGAAACGGAAGAAGCGGGUACGGUGAAAAAUUAUUUUUACCUCGACUCGUGGCCGGUCCCGUGACUCCGCCGCAGUCGAGGCUUCGCGGUGCCGCCGCGAGAAUUCAUUGCCACGCUUUCCGGCCAUCGAACGACCAAACAAAUGUCGAGGAUGCUGCGACUCGAGCUGGUGGGUUUCCUGCUGUUGGCCUGCACCCAGAUCCUCACCGAGCACCGCGACUUCUACCAGCCGAGGACCCACUACGGCUACUAUCCGAGCUUCCACGAGCCACCGGAACCCAGACCGACCAGGGAGGUGCGGGUCAAACAGGGACAUCUACGCGGCAUCGUCGUCCAGCCGAGGACCAAUCACGAUCUCCAGGCGGUCGACGUAUUCCUCGGAGUGCCGUACGCGGAGUCGCCGAUCGGAUCCUUAAGGUUCUCACCACCGAGAUCACCGGAGCCCUGGAGGGGCGUGCGACAAUCCCUGGAAUUCGCCCCCGUCUGCCCGCAAGUGGUGCCGAAGCUGCGGGACGAGGUGAAGCCGGUCCGGUACGAGUACCUGGAGAUGCUGUUGCCCUAUCUGAAGAACCAGAGCGAGGACUGCCUCUACCUGAACAUCUACGCGCCCCAUCAGCCCGAAGGUCAGAAAGUUCUAAGAAAGUAUCCAGUGAUGGUGUUCAUACACGGGGAAAGUUUCGAAUGGAACAGUGGCAACCCCUACGAUGGUGCCAUAUUGUCAGCUUACGGUAACGUCAUCUUCGUCACUAUCAACUUUCGCUUAGGAAUCCUCGGUUUCUUGAGACCCGGCAUCAGGGACGACACGGCGAGUAAUUUCGGACUGCUCGAUCAAAUAGCCGCGCUAUUAUGGAUCAGAGAGAACAUAGCAGAGUUCGGCGGCGAUCCGGACAGCGUCACCCUGCUCGGCCACGGCACCGGCGCCAUUUUCGCUAAUCUGCUGCUUAUCAGUCCCGUGGCUAAUAAGAAAGGUCUGUUUAAGCGAGCUAUACUGAUGUCUGGAUCGGCCCUGAGCGCGGACGCCAUUGGCAAAGCGCCCUUGCAGAUCACAAAGCAGGUGGCGCACGCUUUAAAUUGCCCUACGACGACCGACACCGACCUGGCGCUUUGUUUGCGCAACCAGGACGUGAACAAACUGCUGGAUGUGAAGAUUCACAAGCCGAAAUACGUGCCCGCGUUCGCGCCGCUGAUCGAUAACGCAGUCAUUCCAGACAAGCCACUGAAUUUAAUGAAAAACACUCAGCUGUUCGGCAGGUUCGACUUGAUGUACGGCGUCACAGAAUCGGAGAAAUUUCAUAUUCUGCCACCGGUUGCGUUGCUGCACGGGAUGCUGGACGGGCAACGGGACGAGGUGCUGAGGGACCACGCGAAGGCGACGCACGAACUGGAACCAGAGCUCAUUCUAUCAAAGAUUCUGGAACAAUACGGCGAUUUCUCGGCUGGGUUCACGAACGAGUACGCGAUGAAGAAUCGGGACAUGGUGUUGGAGGCGAUCUCCGACAGCGGCACCGUCGCCCCAUUAAUAAUGACCGCGAAUUUACAUUCAAGGGCGAACCCGAAGAGCUACAUGUACGUUUUCUCGCAUCCGAAGGCGAUGCAGGACUACUCGGGCCAACAGCGGCAGCGCACCGUGCACGGCGAAGAGCUGCCCUACGUGCUGGGUGUGCCCCUCGACGGGAAUAAAUACGACCUGCGACGCCGAUACAACAUCGGCGAAACUCUGUUCUCCGAGGCCAUGAUGAACUGGUGGUGCAGCUUCGCGUACGUCGGGAACCCGAAUAUCGCGAAGCGAUACCCGUAUCUGACGGAUGGAUUGAAGGAAUGGGGCCAGUACGAGAUCGAGUGGCCAGAAUACGAACCCCGCAACCAGACGUACUUGAAUUUGACUAUUCCACCGUCGAUCGGCUCGCGGUAUCGUUUAGCGGAGAUGCAGUUUUGGAACGAGGACCUGCCGAUCCUGCUGCGUCAUCCGAACAAAGAUAACCCGCUGCAGUUGCCGCCGAGGAGGCCGCGGCCGCCGUUUCUCGACAUAGCGGACGGGAUUGGAAGGUACCCGUCAAAGGAACCGCAUCCAAUACCAUCUGCCACGACAGAGGGCCCGGCCGACAAAGCGGUAACGCCAAAUUCCACGGAUCGGCCAGACGAUGAGACGGUAUCUCAACCUAACACGCCAAAGAGCUCAUCGGUGAUCACGAUGCUGACCGGUCUCGGCGUGGUCUUCCUGCUGAUAAACUUCACCGCGUUCCUCUACCUGUACUGCAAGAAACAGGACCUGAAGAGCAAGGAGGCCGGCCUGAAAAGACGGGCCAGCCAGAAGGAGGACACGAAGCGCGCGAAAUCCGAGAAAUACGAGAACCAUUACGGCGAGCUCGGCUACAAAAGCGACAGCAAGCCGGAUCUGAACGACGUGAUAAAGAACGACAAAGCGUACGACAACAACUCGAACUUCGGCAGACGUUCGAAACUGUCCAGACAGAAUUCCGGCUCCACCAUCGACACCCACAUCAAGGUCCGGGAGUGGAUACAGCAGGAGAUCGUGCACAGGUGUUCGCCGAGGUUCCUCCGCAAGACCCGCGAAACUUUGCAGCGGGAGCACCAAGACAAGCUGACCAAACAGCAGGAGGACGAGAAGAAACGCGCGGAGGAGGACAUCCUGAAGGAGAGGAAGUGCGGCGAGCCGAUUUACGACGAGAGCCCCGCGCUGAUCGUGCGUCCUGGCAAGAAGUCGAAGCUGCCGAUGGUCUCCGUGGCGGUGGACGCGACGCCAGCGACCAGGACCGAAUCGAUCUUGAAUCAGGUGCCGAUCGAGCUGGCGAAGUCGGUCGAGCCGGCGGUGGUCGAGUCGUUCGAGUUCCAGACGGCUCCUCAGGUGGUCGUGAUCGAGCAUCAUCACUCGCGGAGCGACCCGUUGCCGAUGGAGAACGUCCUGAAGAACGUAAAACCGAAUUUCUCCACGACAAGGAUUUACGAGUCGGACUCCGGCAGCGCGAGCAGCCUCUACGCGAAGAUUAACCCGAAGCUGAAGAGCAGGCUGCCGCGUCCGGAGCUGGACGUGAAUCGGGAGGUGUCGGCGGCGGACGAGGCGGACGACGUCUACGUGAAAGCGGGGCCGAAGCUGACCACGUUCGCCGUGAACGCUCCGCAGUGCGACAUAAACGUAACCUGCAGAGAACCGAUAGCGGAAAGGGAAUGCAUCAGCCCCGAGGAAGCUCUGAGGACGAUCAAGCGCAGGAACUACCCGAAGGUGCUUCCGGACAUCGAGAAAAGGCGAUCCCUUCCGGCGCCCAGUAGCCUAUUCGUGCCCAAGCAGCAUGCCAAUUCGUUGCGCGACUACAGAGGCGGGCUCCACCCUUCUUCCUCUUCCCACCAGCCACCCUUGCCGCCACCGAGGAUGUUCGGCGCAUCGAAGAGCCUUGAUUUCGCGGAGGAGAACGAGACCCAGUUCGAGAUCGAGCCGGUCACGACCAAUCUGCACGUCGGCCCUUUGCUAAGGAGGCAGGACGGCUCGACGAAAAACAAUUCCGACCCGAGCAUCAUCGAUUCCCUCGAUGAUCGGAUAGAAAGGUCCUCCAGGUCGCAGGCAGGCGGCAGCGUCGAUACAAUCUAUUCGAACCCCAUGUGUCCCGUUCACGGAAUGGGCCAGCCAAUUUCGCACAGCAUGGACAAGAACAUCGGCGCCCCGGCGGCCCUCCUCGAGCCGAGCAUAGGGAACCCGAAUUGGUACAAGUCUUUGCCGGGCAACGAGUCCUCGAUGACCACCGCCUCCUCGGAGCCACGGAUCACGGCCAAGGAAGCCACUAAUCAAGUCCAAUUCGGCUCGAAUUGGGAGACGAGGAUCCCGGCGAUGGAGCCGAGGAUCGUGAUUACUCCGAGAGUGGGUAAUCUUCUGGGUCAGGCGAAUCAGAACUUAAGCCAGACGGUCGUGAACCUGGGAACCGUCUCCUCGAACGACAGAAUCGACAAGGAGCUUGCGGCAGCCGCGUUGUCGGACUCGGCGCCGAUGAUCGCCGCUGCGGUCAAGUGUCAGACGAGCUGCUCGUCCGAACGGCUGCAGAGCGACGCGUCGUUCGUCGGCUUAACGGCGGAGCCCAGGAUCUCGGGGGCGAUCAACCUGGAGCGGAAAGAGCCGCGGAUCAUAAUCGCGCCCAGGGAGCCGAAGGGCUCCUCCUCGAAUCUGAAACAGCCGAAGAUCAUCAUCAAGCCUACGUCCAGCCUGCAGAGAACCAGGGACCAUAGGAACAUACCGAAGGUUUCGGCGAUUCCGUCGCCGGAAGCGCAGUGUCCGGUGAUCGGCGAGAGGCAGUCGGACCAGAGAGAGAAGCCGCCGCUGAAGGAGAAACCGAAGGUCACGAGGAUUCCGUCGUUUUCCAGGCGCUCGGACGACCCGGCGAGCGGCACCGACAGGUUCGCCGCUUCCGUUUACGCGGAAAAAGUGGAAAUAGUGCAGAGGGUCGAGGCGGUGCCCGGGAAACUCUCGAACGCGGGCGCACCUGGCGACGGGAAGUCGAGCAUUCCGAUGCUGCAGAGGAAAGACGCCGAGAAAAUCACGAGCGUGGACUCGAGCAAUGGGAGCUCGAACACUGGGACGAUCAAGAAGAAGCCUACGAGUAGAAAGUAGUUGCGCGGGACCCGUCGGGAAUGAACAAAGGCAUCGGAGUCUUCUGUUUUCGUGCAACCUCGCUGAAAAUAACCGAUGAGCGUGACGUCAUGGGUCGGCGAAGGGAAACACGUGCUUAGCAGGAUUUCGUGUAGGCUUCUGAACGCUGAGAUUGGUUCGCUGUGAAUCGAAGAAGGGUCCGGCAAUAUAAAUUACAUUCAACGAUCGAAUACAGUAAUGUCCCUCUAACUGACGCCCGGA